AUGGUUCAUGGAAAUGCUAAAACUAAAAAAAAAAUAUAUCAAUCUAGAAUAUCAAUCAAUCAUUGGAAAACAAAGUUUAAAUGUUUGUCACAUCAAAUAAGGACAUUAGUAAAUAGUACAAAAAGUGAUAAAAAUACAAAACUUUUAAAUAUUCAAGAUAAAAAUGUAAAGGAUACAACAUUAUGUUCAAAUAUUGGAGUUGACAAGCAAGCAAAUGAUAUUGAUAUAAAGAAAAAAGUUUCCACAGAAUUAAAAAGUGAUAUUACACCAGACAAUUUGAAAACUUACAAUUACAAGCCACAUACAAUUGAAAGAUGUAUGAAUAAGAGUAUUGAUUAUGAGGAUGAUAUAAUUAUUAUUAGUGACAACGAAGAUAAUGAUUCUAAUUUUAAUUUUUGUGAAGUUGAUAAUGAAGAGGUUAAUAACGAAAUUAAUGAAAUUAAUAAAAUUGAUUUAAAGGAUUAUGAAUCAAUGAUAUUCACAGAUCUUAAAAAAAAUUGGCCUACAAUUUUAAAAAAAAUGAGUGAUCCUUUGACAGGAAAUAAGGUAUUUGAAAGUAUUUUAUUAAACAAAUUAUUAUUUCGGAUGGUUCAUGGAAAUGCUAAAACUAAAAAAAAAAUAUAUCAAUCUAGAAUAUCUAUCAAUCAUUGGAAAACAAAGUUUAAAUGUUUGUCACAUCAAAUAAGGACAUUAGUAAAUAGUACAAAAAGUGAUAAAAAUACAAAACUUUUAAAUAUUCAAGAUAAAAAUGUAAAGGAUACAACAUUAUGUUCAAAUAUUGGAGUUGACAAGCAAGCAAAUGAUAUUGAUAUAAAGAAAAAAGUUUCCACAGAAUUAAAAAGUGAUAUUACACCAGACAAUUUGAAAACUUCAAAAUUAUGCCAACAAUCUUUAAAGAGUAAAAACAAAUACCUAUCUGAAUCUGAUUCCGAUAUUAUGACAAGUAAAUCUGAAGAAAUAAAAACGAAUAAAUCUUCUACACCAGUGAAGGCCGAUUUGAUUAAAGAUAUUCCAACCGAUUUAACUAUUACUGAACAAAAUAAUUUAACUCAAUCUUACUCUGAUAUUAAGAUUAAUCAAUCUAAAGAUAAUGAAUCAAAUGAACUUUUUACUCCAGUGUCUGAUGUUACAACAGCUUUAGAAUUAAGCCCGAAAUCGUUAAAAAGAAAAAUAUGUUAUUUGAUUCAAAAUAACACGAGUAUUGAGAUAACUAAACCUAAAUUUGUAAAUAAAUAAUAAUAAUAAUAAUAUGUUUUUUCCUAUAGGUAGGCAUACAUUUCUUUCUUUAUGGUAUACCCCGGUAUCCGGUAUCUUUUUGAACUUUUUUUUGUUUUUACAUAAUUAAGAAUUAUAAAAAAUAUAUCAAGGCUGACUUUAAAAUUCAGCAUAUACUAUUAUAAAAUAAUUAAUAAUUAAAAUAUUAUAUACUACCUUCAUAGUUCGUUUCAUUUCGGUUUAUAUUUAUAUUGGUGUCAACAUUUCCAAUCUCAAAACCAAUACUAGAAUUAGACGGUGAUAAUAUUGGUUUCUUCAACGGUUCAGCAUAUGAUAUGUCCUUA